CACAAAAAUGAAGAAGUGAAGGCAGGAAAAGUUUCUCCAGAGGAAAAAUGCAGGGCUUGUCCUUCACCCUGACGUCAGAUCUGUCUUUAAUAAAAUCCCCAAAGAGCCAAGAGAAAAAGGCAGAGUGCCUAGGCUAGGUUACCAGUUAAGGAUCGCUCUGCGUUCCCCAAAGUGGUGUUUUUGUUCAAAACGGCUCUAAAUCUGGGUUCAAUCAAUGUAUUUAAUCCCGGCUUCCAGGGAUGAGGUGGCUUUUGCCCUGGAUUUUAGCAACAAGCAGCAUUUUGCAGGUGUGGAGGCAAGCAAAACAUUUUUCAGAGGCCAUUGCCCAGACCUCCACCACCAUGACCCCCAGCAUCCCUGCCACGACAGAGGCCUACACACGGACUCAGUACUGUAAGUGGCCAUGCGAGUGUCCGAAGUCCCCACCUCGGUGCUCAGUAGGAGUCAGCCUUGUCACAGAUGGCUGCGAUUGUUGCAAGAUGUGUGCCAAGCAGCGUGGAGAAAGUUGCACUGAGGCUGACACCUGUGAUUUUCACAGGGGCCUGUACUGUGACUACAGUGGAGACAGACCUAGGUACGAAAUAGGAGUAUGUGCACAGAUUGUCGGUGUAGGAUGUGUCCUCAAUGGAGUGAGAUAUAAUAAUGGAGACACAUUUCAGCCCAACUGCAAAUACAACUGCACAUGCAUUAAUGGGGCUGUGGGCUGCAUUCCCAUGUGCACAAACUCUCGUCCUCCCCUUGUCUGGUGCCCAAACCCAAAGCUGAUUAAGAUGGCAGGGAAGUGCUGUGAGCAGUGGGUUUGUGAUGACUCCAAGAAAAUCAGGAAGACUUCUCCACGCCACAUCUCUUCUGCAGCAUACGAGGGGGAGGAUGAAGCCUGGCAGAAGAACUGCAUCGUUCACACCUCACCCUGGAGUCCCUGCUCAAAGACCUGCGGGCUGGGCAUCUCCACCAGGAUUUCCAACGACAACGACCAGUGCCGGCUCCUGAAGGAAAGCCGCCUGUGCAACAUGCGGCCCUGCGAGGUGGACAUCACCAAGCACAUUAAGCCUGGGAAGAAAUGCCUGGCUGUCUACAGGGCCAAUGAUCCCAUGAACUACACCAUCUCAGGAUGUGUGAGCAAAAGUCCGUAUAGACCCAAAUAUUGUGGCAUCUGCACAGACAACAGGUGCUGCACACCCUACAAGUCCAAGACUAUUGAAGUGAGGUUUGAGUGCCCAGAUGGAACUGAGAUUUCUUGGAAGAUCAUGUGGAUCAAUGCUUGUUUUUGCAACCUGAACUGCAAGAACCCCAAUGACAUCUUUGCUGACUUGGCUCAUUACCAUGAUUACUCUGAAAUUGCUAAUUAAAUUGGCUGAAUGCUGGAAUUGACCCAUUGCUCUGAUUUUACAGAGGUUUUAAAAUAAAAGGAGAAUCUUUCAUCCAAUGCCAGUGUACAAUUUGUUUUUUCCUGAGUUAGGAUGUUAAAUUUCCUUGUUUUGCCACACUGCUUUUAGAGAGGCUUUGAACAAGCAGGGUUUUCAACUCUAACAGACCUCCAUCCAUUAAGAGCAGCCAGAAAUUCUUCUACGCACAGACUCCAGGAUUUAAAUAACAGUCCUUCUGGCACUGGAACUUAUUAGCCUAGCAGUUUCAUUGUCCAAAGGAAAGAGUAUUACGCUAGUAUGAGAGCAAAAGUACGGCUGCCAGUAGCUUAGACAUGAGCUUGAGACAUCUUUACUGUCAUUUCUUGAAUAAUAUAGUCUAAGAUGAAAAAUGAGUAUUGUUAUGUGUAAUUUAUUUUCCACAUUAUACUUCAGUCUUUGAUGCUAGUGACCCUCUGGACUUCUUCUCUGUCACACUGCAAACAAUCCUAGGAAAUCCUCCUCUAUCGUUCUCACUUAGAUCCCACUGCCGUGGGUCCAUGGGAAGACCUUAAGGAGAAGGAUGUUUCUCUGUGCUGUCCCUGUCUCACUGCACUAGAAUAGAUAAAAGAUCCUCUGUGUCCUGCUCUCCUUGAGCUCCUAUUGAUCUCCCGGGGAAUCUUGUGCCAGAGACAUUUUCACAGUUUUGCUCAUCUUGAACAGUCUGAAUACUCUGAAUCCAAAAUGACCACUCCAGAACUCAGACUUACAGGAUAGAUUCUCUUGCCCGGGGAUUACUUAUCGUUCAGAGGUCAGUGGUGCAGACCUGGAAGAGAAGCUGUAGAGAGCCGGAUGAAAGAUGAAGAGAAACACCUUAUGUGCCAUGUUGUGGUCUGUGCCUAGAGACCACCCCCUUCCCCAACAUGGUGUUACCAGCACACAGGUCCUGCUUCCUAAUCCCACCUUGCCAUUGUUUUACAUGGCUGUGGUAGAAGAAAGGAGCUACAAGAGUGUGUUAGGCUUCCCAUCAGCACUCUGGAUGAGUUCAUGUGAAAGGAGAGGAUAGUUCCUGGCAUAACCAAUGAUGCAUCAGUCACAAAUGGACUGCUUCUUAGAAUAAAAUGAUCUGUAGAAGCGGUUUCACACUCAAAUACUAGAUAAGAGUAAAAAUUAGUCCUGUUACCAUUUCAGACAACACAUUUCUUGUCACUGAAGUGUACUGGAGUCAUGUUUUUGACAGUGAGUUGUAGGUACAGAUCCCAUGCACCGUGACAGGUUCAUCACUGCUCCACUUAGGAGAACUGAGCAGUAGAAAUGUGUUUCUGCAUGGGAAACUUCAGCGUCUGCUUGCAAACUCUUUGGUGACACAGGAGAAGCAUUGAGGGAGACAUGGACUGGAGCCUGGACCCAUAAAGGUCUGAACUUCAGAUGACGCAACUGUUUUAAAUUAGCCAUUUAUUUUCCUUUAGUUCCAAACGGCAAGUUGUCUGUCUUCAUCUUGAUAAGCUAAAGGAAGCUAGAUUAGUUCCCAAGAUACACUAAUCUUUCUGACUAAUGAUAAAUUGAUGUUUCUUGUUAGUAGGAUGAAAAUAUUGAAAUCUCUAUGUGAAAACAUAUAGGAGAAAUGCUGUAAAUCUUCAAAACUCUUAACUUCAAGAGCAGCUUUAUGUACAAGGAUUUAGCGCAUACGUUUUCCCAUAGAGCUGGGUUAUUCCUAAAUCCAAAUCUCAACCCAAACUGAUGCUCAACUUUUGCAAGGCUGAGCAUGUUACAUUUUAAACAUCAUCACUUGGAAAAAAAAUCAAUGGGAUCAUAAGAAAAAGAGGCCUUAGCCAAGAAGUUGGCAAUAUUUUUGAAAAGAUGAAAUGGUUUGCACCAAGGUGCUUGGUAGAGAGGUCAUCCCAGGAACUCAAUAAGAUUCCCUGAAUAUGAUUUGGAAUCCUUUGUUCUAGAUUUGGACCGUGUUUAUAUAUGUGUGUGUGUGUGUUCAUGUACACAUGUAUAUACAUACAUAUGUUUGUGCAUAUCCAGAUACGUAGGUGUAUAUAAGAA